ACAAUGUCACAGCUGUAUUACAGGAAAACUGGAAACUCCACAUACAGGGACCGCAUCCCUCUGCGGAUUGUGCGGUCUGAGUCUGAGCUCUCUGGCCUAGAGAAGGCCUACCUGGGGGCUGUUGAAAAGGGGGACUAUGCAAGUGUGAAACAAGCCCUGGAGGAGGCUGAGAUCUACUUUAGGAUCAAUAUCAACUGCAUCGACCCCCUGGGACGCACAGCUCUGCUCAUCGCCAUUGAAAACGAGAACCUGGAGAUUAUCGAGCUUCUGCUUAGCUAUAAUGUGUAUGUGGGUGAUGCCCUGCUACAUGCCAUUCGCAAAGAAGUGGUCGGGGCCGUAGAACUGCUGCUCAAUCACAAGAAGCCACGUGGAGAAAAACAGGUCCCACCGAUUCUACUGGACAAACAGUUUUCAGAUUUCACCCCGGACAUCACUCCAAUCAUCCUUGCAGCCCACACCAACAACUAUGAGAUUAUCAAACUGCUUGUGCAGCGAGGUGUCUCCAUACCUCAGCCACAUGCUGUGCGCUGCAACUGCGUUGAGUGUGUGUCUAGUUCAGAUGUGGAUGGCUUGCGUCAUUCACGCUCUCGUCUCAACAUCUACAAGGCCCUCUCCAGCCCAUCUCUCAUUGCCCUCUCCAGCGAAGAUCCUUUUCUCACAGCUUUUCAGCUCAGCUGGGAGCUGAAGGAGCUCAGCACAGUGGAGAAUGAGUUCAAGUCAGAAUAUGAGGAGCUGUCCCACAUUUGUAAGCAAUUUGCAAAAGACCUCUUAGACCAGACCCGAAGUUCUAAAGAGUUGCAAAUAAUCCUUAACUACCGUGAUGACAGCAACCCUCUCCUGGAUGAGAGUACUAAUGAUCUGGCCCGAUUGAAGCUGGCAAUCAAAUAUUGUCAGAAAGAGUUUGUUGCUCAGCCCAACUGUCAGCAGCUUCUGGCAUCACGGUGGUAUGAUGAGUUCCCAGGCUGGAGGAGGCGUCAUUGGUUUGUGAAACUCAUCACAUGUAUCUUCAUUGGCCUCCUCUUUCCACUGUUCUCCAUCCUCUACCUGGUCUCUCCAAAGAACCGUUACGGGUUAUUCAUUCGUAAGCCCUUCAUCAAGUUCAUCUGUCAUACUGCUUCCUAUCUGACCUUCCUCUUCCUGCUCCUCCUGGCCUCGCAGCAUAUAGCCAGUGCACAUUAUGAGCUUCAGGGCCCAGCGCCCACCACUGUGGAAUGGAUGAUCCUGCCCUGGGUUCUCGGCUUCAUAUGGACAGAGAUCAAACAGAUGUGGGACAGUGGUUUCGAAGACUACAUAGAUGACUGGUGGAAUUUAAUGGACUUCAUAAUGAACUCUUUGUAUCUUGCCACCAUUUCCCUGAAGAUUGUUGCCUAUGCAAAGUACAGCGGGCACAAACCCCGAUCCUCCUGGGAAAUGUGGCACCCAACUUUGGUUGCAGAGGCAUUGUUUGCCAUCGCUAACAUCUUCAGCUCCUUGCGCCUCAUCUGUCUUUUCACUGCCAACUCCCAUCUGGGCCCCUUACAGAUCUCAUUGGGUCGUAUGCUCCUGGACAUACUCAAGUUCCUUUUUAUCUACUGUCUAGUGCUGCUAGCCUUUGCCAAUGGUCUCAACCAGCUCUACUUUUACUAUGAAACAAAUGGGGAUGGUAAUUGCAAGGGUAUUCGCUGCAGUAACCAAAACAAUGCCUUCUCAACGCUAUUUGAGACACUGCAGUCAUUAUUUUGGUCUGUAUUUGGCCUGAUUUCCCUCUACGUGACCAAUGUAAAGCCAGACCAUGUAUUCACUGAGUUUGUGGGAACUACCAUGUUUGGCACGUACAAUGUCAUCUCCCUAGUAGUUCUACUGAACAUGCUCAUUGCAAUGAUGAACAACUCCUAUCAGCACAUUGCUGAUCAUGCAGAUAUAGAGUGGAAAUUUGCUAGAACAAAACUAUGGAUGAGCUACUUUGAAGAAGGGGGAACCUUGCCAUCUCCAUUCAAUAUAAUCCCCAGUCCCAAGUCGGUUUGUUAUCUCAUUGGAUGGAUAAAGACUCAUAUGUUAUGGAGACAAAGCAUAAAAAGGCUUGAAACCUUCCAAACUGUGGGGAGACGUGCAGCAGAAAAUGUUAGACAAAACCAUGAGUAUCAGGAGGUUUUAAGGAACCUAGUGAAGCGGUACGUGGCCGCAAAGAUUAGAGAUGCCAAGACAGCGGAAGGGUUGACAGAAGAUAAUUUCAAGGAGCUUAAACAAGAUAUCUCCAGCUUCCGCUAUGAAGUCCUGGGAAUGAUGAAGGGUAAAUCUCACGGUGGGAUAGUUGGUACAGUUGCAAGCUCAACCUUGGCUUACCCCGGAAACUCAUUCAAGUACUCUCCCAAAUUCUCUACUGAUGAGUCACAACAGAAGCUGAACGUGUUUGGUCUGACCACCGUGCCGGGCGGAGCUGCCGCCACCAACAGCCCUGAGUGCUCCACCAGGCUAGCCAAUACUCUAGUCGUCCCAACCAGUGCAGAAAAGAGUCAAAACAAGCUAGCCCAAGUUGUCUCAGAAGCUGGGUUCCUCCAGACACAGAGCAGACAUCCCUCUCAGGAAUGUGAUGAAAUAUACUCAUUGUCAGAGGAUGAUACUGAGAAAGUGAUAGUGGAAGUCGUACAGAAAGUAGAGAAGGACAUUCAGGAACAUUCAUUCACACAGCAAACUAAAGAAGCUAAAAAUGGGCGAAAAACAUAUAAAAAUUAA